AUGGCGGUGGAGUGCACAGACAUUGGUAUGUCAACAAUAGGCAAGGCAGCCAUGACCAAAGGGAUGAGCAACUUUGUGUUAGUUGUUUAUUCUAAUGCUCUCGGAAGCAUCAUUCUCCUGCCUUUCGUUCUUAGCAGGAGCUUGGCACAGAUGCUUGAAUCUACUGGUGUCAAGUACAGUUCACCAAAUCUUUCAUCUGCAAUGAGCAAUCUUAUCCCAAUAUUUACAUAUGUGCUUGCCAUCUUAUUUAGCAUUCUUAAUAACAAUUUUCAUUGUAUUUACCUGCCAAGUAUAUCAGUGGUGAUGAAACACUGUAUUGUGUAUCUCUUUUAUCCAUUCCACCUCCUGUGGCCUAGUGCCACAGCGACUAGAUAUGGGCCAGGCCUUGUGCAUGUAAGCUCUUGGACACCCUCCCAACAACUCGGUUUUCAAGGGUGA